GUAAAUCAGUAGACGAGUUAACAGACUUCUGCAAACAUCUAUCAAAGAAAGAGGCACUUGGGGAGCUGUCUUCUGUUUCAUCGCACGACGACGAUAUGAGCGAGAACGAAGAUACUCUGGCAUUCCACCAUCCCUUCCUUGUUAAGGAGAAAGCACCUAUUGUACUUAAUAUUAGGGGUGCUGCCCCGCUACCGAUCAAGUCGUCAACUCUGCCCGUGGCCAACAAAGAAGAACUUCGAUUGCAAUUCCCUGUAUCCUCGGGUUCUCAGCACAGGGAGAAAGCAUCAGAAUGGGUUCCAGUAUCACCACCCAAGAAAGACAUGCAAGUGGCAAAACUCAAUUCAUCGAAAUCACACAAGGCUGAUAUUCCAGCUAUAGCUCCAGCAGAACUUACUACAACUUCAUCAAAGUCGUCUGGGCCCCUAGCACUACCAGCGCCGCCCACUCCUACGACCACUCCAUCUUAUAUGAAGAGUUUUACGUCCGGCUCGCAGUUGACGUCAGUUGUGAAUAUCCCAGCGCUUCCCGCCCCUGGGCCCCAAGCUUACCCACCAGGGAUCGAUCCACCGAAAAUUGAUAUGGCGUCAAUAGUGUCUCAAAAGAUAGCGAUGAUACGCAGAGAACAAGAACAGAAUGAGUUGACCGGUGUUACGUCACGAGGUUUCGGCUGGAGCUCCGACACGAGCCUGGGCCAGUUCACGGGCUCCACGGGCGCGCAGAUCCUGACGCCGCGCGAACUCGCCAGCGGCACGCAGGCCUGGGCCAAGAAGGUACAUCACACGGACGGCAGCACUUCACACGUGGGACUUGCUCUUAAACCACCAUUGCGUUUCUUGAUUUAACUGCUUCAAACGUGUAUACAGGGUGUCAGGUAAAUGGGUAUAUGAGCCGACACUAGCCCAUGUUAACAUGGUCAUACAAAUGGU